AUGGCUAAAUCUAAGAAUCACACCGCCCACAACCAAACCAAGAAGGCUCACAGAAAUGGUAUCAAGAAGCCAAGAUCUCACAAGUACCCUUCUUUAAAGGGUGUUGACGCUAAGUUCCGUCGUAACCACAGAUACGCUUUACACGGUACCGCUAAGGCUUUAGCUAAGGCUCGUGCUGAAAAAUCCGCUUAA